AUGCAAUUUUCAUUCCUACUAUCGACGAUCUUCUUAUCGCUCUGUUCACUUGUUUUGGCCAAAAAGGACUUUUACCAAAUCCUUGGUGUCGACAAAGAUGCACUGGAUCGAGAAAUCAAGCUGGCCUACAGACAACUCACACUCAAGUACCAUCCUGAUAAGAAUCCCGGUGAUGAUGAGGCACAUGAUAAGUUUAUUGAGAUUGGAGAGGCGUAUGAAGUGUUGAGUGAUUCGACAAAACGUCUGAAUUAUGAUCGAUUCGGCGACCCUGAAGGCCAACCUCAACACCAUGGGUUUGAUUUUGGAGAUAUGUUUGGAAACUUUUUCGGUGGACAUGGACACGGUGCUGGUGCAGGUCAUGGUAAUGGUGGCUUGAAAAGAGGAGCCAAUACGCAAUUGGAUCUCAAUAUGGGGUUAAAGGAUUUCUUUAAUGGUCGUACAGUACCGUUUGACGUUGAGAUGCUGAAUGAUUGUGAAAAGUGCCUGGGUACUGGUUCUGCUGAUGGCAAGAGACAUGUGUGUUCAAAGUGUAAUGGGCUGGGACAAAUUACUGUGCAUCAUCAAUUAGCACCAGGGUUUGCCCAGCAAUUGCGAAUGGUGUGUGAUUUGUGUGGAGGUACUGGGAAAACUAUUGCUUCACCAUGUCAAUCGUGUAGUGGUGCGGGUGCAGUGAGGGGCAAGAGACAUUAUGAUGUUUAUGUACAUCCUGGCCAGCCUAGAGGAAGUCGUGUUGUUAAGGAAGGAGAGGGUGAUCGAAAUCCACAAUGGGUUCCUGGUGACUUGAUUAUUGUGUUUAAAGAGAAGUUGGUGGAGAGUUGGGGAUAUAGACGUGUGGGAGAUAAUUUGUAUAGGACUGAAGCAGUGCUGAUGGAGGAGGCAUUGAAUGGAGGAUGGGAGAGAACAAUUCCGUUUUUGGGUGAAGAUCCAGAUGGAGAUCAAGAUGAGGAAGGAGUUACAAAGUUGACGUUGAAAAGACAAGUGGGCAAAGGUAUAUUGGAUGGGGAGGUCGAAAUUAUCAAGGGUAAAGGUAUGCCUAUUAUGGUUGAGCACGAUGAAGAGGAGAGAUUUGGUGAUUUGUUUAUUGAAUACAAGGUUAUUAUGGCUGGCGGAGCUUCACCAGGCUCGGGGAAUAAGAGCAAAAAGAGCAAAGUAGUGGAAAAGGAUGAGUUAUAG